AAUUUCUGAACUUAUUCCAAAGAACACUGAAUAUCCCACUUCUAACUUACUUUCCACAUUCACUCUUCCUCUUGCAUUCUUCAAGAGACAACACUAGCUUUUCCAAUAGUCUUCAUAUUGCGUUAAUCUUCACCAUUUGCUAAGUCCUUCACCUCAUGGCGCCAAACAGAGAAAACCCCAUUGGUUUCAACUCUAAUAGGCCAUCAACGCUUUCAAUGGAAAGUCUCCGAAGAACAAUAUCAGAUAUCUCAUUCGAGCUAAGCAAAGAAGACAUUGACAUUGUCGACGUCAUUGAAAAACACGACCUCCCACCAAUAUCCGAGGUUGAAGAGGCCAAGUGCGAGUGCUGUGAAAUGUCCGAAGAGUGCACCCGUGAGUACAUCAAUGGCGUGCGUGAAAAGUUUUCAGGGAAGUUAAUUUGUGGGCUGUGUGCUGAGGCUGUGAGUGAAGAGAUGGAGAAGAAUGGAGGGAAAAGAGAAGAGGCUUUGAAUGAACACAUGAGUGCUUGUGUAAGGUUCAAUAGAAUUGAUAGGACUCAUCCUGUUUUGUACCAAGCUGAGGCCUUCAAAGAGAUUUUGAAGAAAAGUUCAAGAACUAGGGCUAAGUCUGUGAGUCCUGCUACAUAUAAGGGAGGUCAAAAGAAGAGUGGGAUUGCAAGGAGUUCGAGUUGUAUUCCAGCAAUCACCAGGGACAUUGUUGACCGUACGGUGCUUAAUAAUUGAGCCAAUAAUUCGUGUGCCUCUUUGGUUUGUCAUAUACCCAACUUUGCUAUGUGCAAUGUCAAAGUACGUAUACAGCAGUAUAUUGUCAACGUAUGACAUGAUAAACACCUCUUUUAAUGUGUUGGUUAAAAAGUGUUGUGAAGAUACGUGUUUUCGUAUUUAGACAUUGAAAACUGUUGUUUAAACACUAAUAUUAAACCCCCCAUAAACUUCUUCGUCCCUUAACCGUGUUACCCUGUUGGUGUAGCUUCCAUUUUCCAUAUACCAAAUUAUAGUAAAUUUCUACUC